AUAAUCAUCUACGUAACCAUGUAUAAAUUCUCUUUGUACGAAACGGAACAUGCAUGGAUGGAUGGAGUGAAUUGAAACGAGCGAGCGUGUGCCUUCGUCAUCGUGUGCAGAUUUUACAAAUUGCAGUGUGGGGUGUUUUAAUUAUGUUGAUUUUAAUGAAGUGAACAAUAGUAUUGGUGAUGUUGGCCUUAGGCUUAUCGUUAUUUCGCAAAAAAACUGUAAAAGAACAUACGUUUACUGUAGUAAUCCGUCAAAAAUCAAGAAAGCUUCAAACGUGUUUGAAGCUUUCGUUUUCGCAUUAAUGGAACUAUGAACCUGGACUCUUUAACGUUUAGCUUAUCGCAAAUUAAUUAUCUCGUUGUAAAUCUAAACAAGAAAAACUUCAAGCAAACUAGUCAAGAGUUGUCACAGCUCGUCAGUCUUUAUGGACUGGAAGCAGAAAAUCAGCUUUUGAGGUGCUUGCUUAGUGAAGCAGCAAAGUCAUCUUGGGAUAGCGACCGACCGGGAUCAUCGAGCAGCAACAGUGUCCACGCGUCCCUCCUGACUGCUCAGCUCGCUGCUCUACUAAACCAUCCGGCUAAAUCCACCGUCGUCUGCCGAGCCGUCGACCAACCGACACGCUCACUCCAGAAGAUUUUAAAACCUUCAAAUACAUUACUCAAUCGUCUUUCAAGAUUACUAAAAUUAACCACUGCCGAGGAUGUUGCCUUUUCUUUGGUUUUGAGGAGGAAUUCUUCCAAAACUGAAAUAGUAUCACUAGCACAACAGCAUCUGAAAAAGAGAUUUUUAGAUCUUGUGCAGUGUUAUCUUGACGCAGAGCGUGGUCAUCAGGUGGAGCGAGCAGGUCUUCAGGAAUGCAGCCCUGAAGUUUUGCAAACUCUCUUGACAAGCAUUGCACACGAGAAAUUAGCAACUGUGACAAAAGACUUGUUUCUCAAACGUUUGCGAAUUGAUUUUCCGCGUGAAGUAGUGCCUAUUGUUUUAGCGCCACUACUGUAUCCUGACGAUACUCAAACACCACUCGAGGAGAUGACAACAGCCGACGAUAUGGCUGCAGCCAUGAUGGACAACUCACUGGCGGAUAUUAUCCGCGACAUUGGAUAUUCCUUUACGUCAUCAGUAGAGGAUUGCAAAAAUAAUAUGCUGAACUUUGGUGCAAGAGAACCUACUGCCAUUGAUGUGGCCAGAAUAAUAUCUAUGAUGGUAAGGUACCACACCUCAAUGUCAGAUGGUCCUCAGAUACAAACGCCUGGUAAUUUUUGGAUGAGCCACGAAAACAAGAAAGACACUAUUACACAUGGACAUGGUGAAUCAUGGAACGCAGAAGUAUUUGUGCAAACGUUAAAAGAAUUGGCGUCUAAUUUGAACUGGAAAGAAGUGAUAUUACAAUUAGAUCAUCCCGAGUUUAUAGUACCUGAUAGACAAGGAUUGAGUUUGCUGUUCACCAUCUUAAGGUUAGGACUUCAAAGUGCGGGCUAUCCGGCUAAUAUAUUCCCCGUUGAAUAUCUUUGCCGUCGAUGGACGAACUUAGAAGGUCAAAUCAGUUUGAUCACUAUGAUUCUCAAAUACCCAGAUAUCUUCAGUUUUGCUGACCAUCCAUUUCACCCAGUAUCAAUAGAUUUGUUAAAAUCACCACCUGAAACGGACAAUAAAGAGAUUGCCACUUGGAGAUGCCUUUAUCUGGUUGAACUUCUGUUGUAUGCUGCGGAGCGCGGGUAUUACAUGCAGGUUCAUGAGUUGCUAAAGUUUCCACUUCAGCAUUGCCCUGAUAUCUUGCUAUUAGCUUUACUACAAAUUAGUCCACCUGUAACAGUAUUUCGGCAAGAGUUACUGUCAACGCUAAUACCAAUAUUUCUGGGCAAUCAUCCGAAUUCCGGCAUUAUUCUACAUCACGCCUGGCAUACGCAGAAUCCCAAUAUAAAGCCAAUUAUUAUGCAUGCAAUGGCCGACUGGUAUAUACGUGGCGAAAGUGAUCAAUCUAAGUUAUCAAGAAUUUUGGAUGUUGCACAAGAUCUCAAAGCGUUAUCAUUAUUACUAAAUGUGCAAUCAUUUCCGUUCGUUAUUGAUCUGGCGUGUCUGGCUUCACGAAGAGAAUAUUUAAAAUUGGACAAAUGGCUAACGGAUAAGAUUAGAGACCACGGAGAAACAUUUGUCUCCGCUAUGGUGAAGUUUUUGCAAAGGCGAUGCCCUCAAGUUAUCGGCAAAGGACCCGAAGAGCAACUGCCCAAAGCCGCUCAACUACCACCUGAAACCAUAGCUACAAUGCUAGCUUGCUUACAACUAUGUAUUCCUAAUGUACAACAAGAAUUACAAGAAGCUAUUUACAAUGUCAUAGCUAACUGCCAGACAUUAAUUUUGAGCAAAACGAGGCAAAGCAUCGCAGGAUUAGCACGCCCGCAUACUCGGGUACUGGAAACGCCAUUUAACCCAGCAGCAGGUUUAACAGGGCAGUUGUUUACACCGCACGUUGAUUCUAUUACUAAUUUGACACCAAACGUAGCGAAUCUUAAUUUGGGAGCUCCAGCGAAUACGGCAUUUACCAUGCCAGGUACUCUAGGGCCCCUUGUAACUACCCCUGGAUCUCCAUCGAGGUUAAUGGGAGCUGGACCAAAUAGUCCCUUUACGAUGAUGCCCUUGCAACACAGCACUAAUGUGGCGAAUAUGAGUGCACUCGCUAGAAUGGCUCCGGCGCCAGCUAUGGAUAAACCACGUAUUCCUGAUCCCAUACAUUUCCCUGAAAUGAUGCAUAAUGUUUCAAAGGAGAUUGAAGAUGAAGCCAAUGGAUAUUUUCAAAGAAUUUACAAUCAUCCUCCACACCCUACACUGUCUAUAGAUGAAGUUCUUGAAAUGUUGAAGAAAUUCCAAGAUUCACCAAACAAAAGAGAACGAGAAGUUUUCUCCUGUAUGCUUCGAAAUCUGUUUGAAGAAUAUAAGUUCUUUCCUCAGUAUCCAGAUAAAGAAUUGCAUAUUACUGCUCAACUCUUUGGAGGGAUUAUUGAAAAGGGUCUCGUUCCUAGUUAUGUCUCAUUAGGGCUUGCAUUACGUUUCGUACUUGACGCCCUACGGAAACCUGAGGGUUCUAAAAUGUAUUACUUUGGUAUAGCUGCAUUAGAUAGAUUUAAAUCGCGUUUAAAGGAUUACCACAAAUAUUGUGAACAUGUAAGAGCUAUACCACAUUUUAGUGAUUUCCCUCCACAUUUGAUCGAGUACAUAGAAUUUGGACUUCAGAGCCAAGAACCACCAACCAAACCUCAAGGAGCUGUGUUGCCUAGCAGUCUAGCUGCUGUACUUAACCAAACUGCGGUAGUAACUGUUUCAGCACCUUACAGAGCCGUCGUAUGUGCAUCUAGUAUUUCUGUGAUAGCUAAAGUAACCAAUUGUGCCGCUGGAGGAAUUGGAAGCCGACCUUCCAUUGCUAACGCCACUAAUAUUGAUACACUUCUAACAGCUACAGAUAGAGAAGAAAAAAUUAAUACACCUCCCGAAGCAAUACAGGACAAAACAGCAUUCAUUUUCAACAACCUCAGUCAGCUAAAUCUACAGACAAAAUGUGAAGAACUUAAGGAAAUAAUAACAGAUGAAUAUUAUCCUUGGUUGUCACAAUAUCUGGUCAUGAAGAGGGCUUCCAUUGAGCUCAACUUCCAUGCUUUGUAUUCAAAUUUCCUUGACGUUCUCAAAAUUAGAGACAUAAACAAAAUGGUUACGAAAGAAACGUACCGCAAUAUCAAGGUUUUACUGCGCUCAGAUAAAGGUAUAGCCAACUUUUCGGAUCGUUCACUUCUGAAAAACCUCGGUCACUGGCUCGGUAUGUUAACAUUAUCCCGUAACCAGCCAAUACUUCAUAUCGACAUUGAUCUAAAAGCACUCGUACUCGAAGCAUAUCAUAAAGGUCAACAGGAACUACUCUAUGUUGUACCAUUCGUCGCUAAGGUACUUGAGUCUUGUGCCAAAAGCGUCGUGUUCAAACCCCCCAAUCCUUGGACGAUGGCACUGAUGAAUGUUUUAGCUGAACUACAUCAAGAGCCAGAUUUAAAACUGAACUUGAAGUUUGAAAUAGAAGUGCUGUGCAAGAACCUCAGCCUUGACAUAGCCGAACUGAAACCUACUCUUUAUUUGAAAGACCCAGAAAAGCUUAGGACUAUAGAAUUUCAACUUUCACAGCCUAAGCAAAAUAAGGAAGCCACAAAUGCUUUGCCGGUAAACCAACCGAUAGUGCAGACGCCACAAAUGCAAAUGAUACCUACACAACCCCCGAUGAUUCCGACUGAGGACAUGACUGCCACCGCUCCCACGCCCACUAGUGGACUGGUGGCGAACGAUCCUAGUCUGAUGGGUGUACUAGGUUUGCCGGAGCCAAGAUUCAACUAUUUAGAUGUGAAUGUUUCGUCAACAUCUGCUUUCGGUCAGAAAAUAUGUUUCAACCCUCACAUUAUUCUUUUUCAAAACUAUCCUCACCUGAAGCAGUUCGUUAAGCCGGCGAUCGAGCGAUCUAUACAGGAGUGGAUUCAUCCAGUAGUAGAUAGGUCAAUAAAGUAUGCUUUGACCACUUGUGAGCAGAUAAUUAGGAAAGAUUUUGCAUUAGAUCCCGACGAAGUGCGGAUGCGAACUUGCGCACACCACAUGAUGAGGAAUUUGACCGCUGGCAUGGCGAUGAUUACAUGCCGAGAACAAAUUAUAAGCACCAUCAGCACCAACCUAAAGGCUGCAUUCAUGACCGCUCUGAUGCCUGCCACCCCACAGCAGGAGAUCAUAGAGAGUGCUGCAGCUGUGCUGGCAACCGAGAACAUGGAGUUAGCAUGUGCUUUUAUACAAAAGACAGCCGUUGAAAAGGCAUUACCCGAACUCGAUAAGAGACUAAUGAGCGACUACGAAAUGCGAAAACUUGCACGUCAAGAAGGCAGACGUUAUUACGAUCCUAUAGUGUUGGCGUAUCAGACUGACAGGAUACCAGAGCGAGUGCGUCUGCGAGUUAGUGGACCCACAGAUUUGCAGAUUGCGGUGUAUGAAGAGUUCGCAUGUAACAUACCUGGAUUCAUGCCGGUGCGUGACGCUGGCAUGUUUAUACCAAAACCGUCUGCUCAGGAGCAGAUGCCUCAGCUCGCGUUCAGCCAACCUAUGAAUCCGACACAAGUCUAUGGUUCUGACGAGAUGGGAGGACUUAUCUCGGCAGCGGAACUGUUUCUGGCUAACUCGAUGUCGAACGCAUCUCUGGCAGCGCAAACUGCGAAUAUGCAUUCGCUGCUAGAAUGUUUGUUCAUCGCGAGGAGAAAUCGCGAUAUUGUAUCUAAAUGUGCUUUAUUGCAAAAGGUAAAUAAUGUUACAAUUAUCAUUAUCUUUGGUUUUAUAAACUUUGUCUUAUUAUCACCACAUUCUAUCCAAAACAGUUCAGCCGUUGUCUUAGUAACUCUAACGUCUAGAGAUUAAUUU